GGUGGAAUACGAUAACUUAUGAAAUAAAGUCAAUAUUAAAACGAAUAUUUCAAACAUUUCGGCUAUUUUGUGAAAUUUGGAUAACCUUUCAAAAAGUUCUACAAAUACUGCGAUUUGAUAUUAGGUUUUAUAUCAAUGUGUUUCGUAUUGUUAAAAUACUAGAUAUAACACAUGAAAUACAACAAUUACGAUCAAAAAAGAUAAUUAGAGCUACUCUAUAAGAACGAAAAAAAACUAGAUUUGAACACGGAAGUAAACUCGUGAAAUGGUGUUCACAUUACGUUUUAUUUCAUUUCAAAUAUGUUUUUUUAAUAUCAAAUAUUUAAUUUUAUGAUUUUCUUACUUUAAAAGUGUAGAUAUUUUAAAAAAAUUAAUUCACUAUAUUUAUGGAUAUCUAAUUUUCUAUUUUCCAUAUAGACGAAAUAAAAAUAAAUUAAAAAUUAUUUUAAAAAUAUAUAGUAGAAAAUGAAUGAAGCCACUUAAUUUUUAACUUAAGCAAUUUCCCAUAAAUAAAUAUGUAAAAAAGAAACCUUGUAAAUGAAUAAUGGUUUCUCGUAUUUGAAAAAAAAAAAAGAAAUAGUAACUAGAAAACAGCUCGCUCAACAUCGAUUACGAAUUACGGCCGCCCAAAUAAAUGUGUGGACGGAAAAACGUGUCACUUAGACGAUCACAGUGGGGAUAGCAAAGAGGAUAUCUAAUCGAACGAUAAGAUACGCCCACGUAACAAACUGUCAAUAUCUGACUUGGUUAUACUAAACAUUUAACAAAACUCAAUUUCCCUUUAAAUCUCCCAUCUCACCACCUUUCAGUGCUUUCACGGUCUCAUCCUUUGACAAAUGCUGUGUGCGCCAAACCAAAACCAGAGCUCUUAAACUCUUUAAUCGCCAAAUCUCUGAUAAUGGCUAACCCUAUCAAAGUCUUUGAGCUAAAUACCGGUGCUAAGAUCCCAUCGGUGGGACUUGGAACAUGGCAGGCCUCUCCUGGCGUCGUCGGUGAUGCUGUCACCACCGCUGUUAAGAUUGGCUAUCGUCAUAUUGAUUGCGCUCAGAUGUAUGACAACGAAAAAGAGAUUGGGGCAGCUUUGAAAAAAUUGUUUGAAGAGGAUGUAGUAAAACGCGAGGAGUUGUUCAUCACCUCCAAACUCUGGUGUACUGAUCAUGACCCUCAAGAUGUGCCAGAGGCGCUGACCAGAACUCUACAGAAUCUGCAGCUUGACUACGUCGAUCUCUAUUUGAUGCACUGGCCUGUACGGAUGAAGAAGGGUUCUGUUGGACUUGAUCCCGAGAACCUUUUGCCUGUAGACAUUCCUAGCACAUGGAAAGCAAUGGAAGCCCUCUAUGAUUCGGGCAAGGCACGAGCAAUAGGUGUAAGCAACUUCUCCACCAAGAAGCUAGCUACUCUCUUGGAGUUAUCUCGUGUUCCUCCUGCUGUUAAUCAGGUGGAAUGUCAUCCUUCUUGGAGACAAGCUAAACUACGAGAGUUCUGUAAAUCCAAAGGAGUUCACCUCAGUGGAUACUUCCCAUUGGGUUCUCCAGGAACAACGUGGUUCAAGAGCGACGUUCUGAAGAACCCUAUACUAAAUACUGUUGCUGAGAAGCUUGGAAAGUCUCCUGCUCAAGUUGCACUUCGCUGGGGACUACAAAUGGGUAACAGUGUGCUUCCAAAAAGCACCAAUGAAGGAAGGAUCAGAGAGAACUUAGAUGUUUUCGACUGGUCAAUACCCGAUGACUUGUUUGCCAAGUUUUCUGAUAUUGAACAGGCUAGAUUAUUGGAUGUUUCGUUCUUUGUUCACGAGACAUUGGGCUCUUAUAGGUCUCUUGAAGAAUUGUGGGAUGGCGAGAUGUGAUAUUUCAAAUGAUCUAUUUGUUUUGUCAAAUGAUAAGAGGUUUUUAUGUAUGAUGAACUUGUAAGUUUAUUCAUGAAUGUUACAGAACAGACAUGUCACUACAUAAACUUACAAUCAUAUAUAUUUUCAUUUUGAAGUCUUAA